UUUUCCAUUCGAGUGUUUGAUCGGUCGACGGAACGAACGGACGGGUUCAGAAGUUUUACGAUUUUUCGCUCUUUUGGUCGGGUUUUCCGGAGGAUUUCAAGUGAUUAGAACGCAACAACUAUGCGGAAAGUCGUAACGAUCCGAAAAAUGAACUGAGCAAGAAGGAAAACGCCAUCCAUCGAUGAUUAAAUGAAAUUUUCCGAGUGCGUUUUCAGUUCUGCUGCCAUUGUGAUAGUGAAGUGAACGGAACAUCCACCGAAGAAACAGUUUCAAAAUCGCGUUCGGUCCGUUUUUUUUUUUGUCGGGAGGUUCGGAGGGUCGGGAGUUUUUUGUUGUGCGCAAGACCAAAAGCAGCGAGAAGCAAGGCGAAGGAGAAAAAUUGAUCUCUUGUCAAACACAAAAAGCAAAGUGAGGAACAGGAAUUAAGCUGCGGAUAAUUUCCUGGAAGAAUAUGGUGUAAAAAUUGCAGUGCCCUUGAGAAGAGUGAUUGUGGUUUGAUUUGUCGUCGAUUGUGGAAUUCGAGAACCGGAAGGAUUAUGCUGGAUGCGGUCCGGAUUGGAUUAACUACGGGAAAAUGCCUAUAAUUUUCUCUGACUGUGCACCGGUUCAUCUUUAUCAUCAUCAUCACCACCAUAACGGAGCAGAGUCAGCACCCUUAUCAGAAUGCAAUCAACAGCAGCAGCGGCGACAGCAGCGUCCGACGACGAUCUAAAGCACCCGAGCAGUGUGAGUGCCCUUUCGCCGCCGGAUUCCUCGUUGGACGAUUUGGACGCCGAUUACGACGACCUGGUGGACGGAAUGGAUUCCGGUGGGGCCGGAGGUGUGGUGAAGAAGCCUCACUUUUUGGACUACGACAAUAAACCGCCGGCCGGGUUGGAGGACCAGGUGGUAUUUGUGGGGCAACCGAGGAGGGCCGUGAAUGGGGGGAAGGUGGAGGCCAUAUCGCAGAGUGUCGUGGAGGAAAGUUCUUCUGGCGAGGUGAAGGAGAUUGAUGGGAGGGGCACGUGGCCUGCGGCGAGUGGUGGUUCCAGUCAAGGUGCGGCCAAGUACGCUGGCAGGCAGAACCAUUCCAUGUACAACGAUAUGUCGGAGAUUUGUCCCAAGAUGGAAUGCGUCUACUCGCUGCUGUCGAUGUUGGGAUCGACCAAUUCUCUGGAAAUGUCGACAAAGUUUAUGGAACUGUCCAAGAAUCGGGACACUUGUAGUGCACUGCGUCGCUCUGGGUGUAUUCCUCUGCUGGUGCAGAUCAUACAUAAUGAUCCCAAUGAGACGGCGCGCAAAAAUGCCAGACAGGCGUUGAACAACGUGAUCUGCUGCCAUCCGGAUGAUAAGGCCGGUCGCCGGGAGGUCCGAGUGCUGAAAUUGAUCGAACAGCUGAUUGAAUACUCGGAUCUGUUGAGGGACUACACGGAGGAGAGUCCUCCGGACGUGCGAGAUGUGAUCGAAGAUCCGGAGAAGCAUCCGAUCCAAUCGAUCACGACUCUCAUGAAGAUCAGUUUCGACGAAGAGCACCGGCACGCCAUGUGCCAACUGGGUGCCCUCCAAACGAUCUCUACGCUGAUCCAGAUGGAUCACGCCAUCCACGGAGCCAAACCCAGCGCGCCCAAAUGUAUCACGAUGCGGCGUUACGCCGGAAUGAUCCUUACCAACCUUACCUUCGGCGAUGGGAACAACAAAUCCCUGCUCUGCUCGAACAAGAACUUCAUGCGGGCGCUGGUGGCUCAGAUCCAGUCGAACAGCGACGAACUGGUCCAGGUCACGGCUUCGGUGCUACGAAAUCUGUCUUGGCGAGCAGACAGUGUCAUCAAGCAGACCCUCAGCGAGAUCGGCACGGUGAAGAUCCUCACCCGGGCAGCGAUGGUUUGCACGAUCGAGAACACCCUCAAAGCCAUUUUGUCCGCCCUGUGGAACCUCUCGAACCACUGUCCUCCCAAUCGGUCGGAGUUCUGCGAAGUGGAAGGCGCUCUGGAGUUCCUCAUCGACAUGCUCACCUACGAGGCACCCAGCAAAACGAUGAGCGUUAUCGAAAACGCCGGAGGAAUCCUCCGGAACAUUUCCUCGCACAUUGCCCAACGGGAAGAGUACCGGCGGAUUCUCCGCAAGAAGAACUGCCUCAAAAUCCUACUCGAACAGCUCAAGAGCCCAAGUCUGACCGUUGUGAGCAACGCCUGCGGAACGCUAGGAAACCUCUCCGGCGACAACUACGAAGACCAAAAGUUCCUGCGGGAAAACGGUGCCAUUCCGAUGCUGCGAUCGCUCAUCUACAGCAAACACAAAAUGAUCUCCAACGGGAGCAGCAUGGCGUUAAAGAACCUCCUGAAACCUCCGGCCAACUCUAUGAUGGCCGCGGGCGGCCCCACUGCCUCGAUUGCAAUCGUUCGCCCCAGCGGCGCUGAAACCCGAUCGGAACUUCCCAGCCUGAACGUGCGCAAGAAGAAAGCUCUCGAGCAGGAACUAGAAGAGAAAUUCCUCCCGAAAGCCAUGCGCGAAGAGAAGGACAUCUGCACCAGUCGGGUAUCACCCGAGGAAGACGACGAGGAACAAGAAGAAGCCGAAGUCAGUCACAACUCGGUCCACAUCCGGCUAGUCGCGGACCACCAAACCCAAGAGGACGAACCGGAGAAACCCGUCAACUACAGCCUCAAAGAGGACGAGUCCUACCAGGACUACCAAGAAACAGACAUCGAUCAGAUCACCGACUACUCGCUGCGCUACGCCGAGAACCAAUCCGAGGAAUCCGACGACGAUAAGGCGGCGGAAAACUACCGCCGGUCGAAUCCGACCUGCGAGAUGGUGGAGGACACGGUCAAGUGCUACUACACCGAGGGAACCCCGCAGAUCAUAUCCAGUGCGACGUCGAUGAGCGAUUUGCGGGUGCAGCUGGUGGCUGGUGGCGGAAGCAGCAGUGCGCCGGCGGUGGCAUCGCCCAAGAAUGGCCCCGUUCCCAAGUCGGAUCCGAUUCCGAUCGGUGGGGGAAGUGCAGGAGGAGUUGGGAGAAGUGCUGGGGAUGGUGGUGUGAGUGGGGCAAGUGGUGGACAGUCGGCUCCGAAGCCACUGGGAGACACGGGAUGCAAUACGCCGGAUAAGCCGUACAAUUAUUGCGAGGAGGGGACGCCGGAUUUCAGCCGGGAUGCGUCUCUGAAUGUGCUGGAUUUGAGUGCCGAGAGGGACCAGAAACUCUCCGGCAAACUCCCCCCGGAGGGGGAAUCCUCAGACCAACCGGCCACCCCGGCCACUCCCGGCGGCACCCAGCACGCCAGCAAGCAGGUAUCCUUCCUCAACACGGCCGACGAAACACCGCUCAUGUUCUCCCGCACCAGCUCGAUGGGCUCGCUAUCGAGUGCGGAGCCGAUCUGCACGGCCGACGACAAGAGUUCCAUCAUCAGCGAGUUCAGCCGGUUCGCUUCCGGGGUGAUUUCCCCUUCGGAACUGCCGGACUCGCCGACUCAGAGCAUGCCUCAUUCUCCAAGGCGCACCACCGCCGGAAUGAUGGGUAAAGUGGGAGGGUCAGAGGGGAAGAACCGGGAUGAUGAGCGACCUCCGAUGCAGCCAAAGAGCGCCUUCGAGGACACGGUCAGCAAGUUCGACGUGGAGAAUACUCCGGCUGUGUUCUCCUGCGCGACUAGCUUGAGCAAUCUUAGCAUGGAGGACAAGGAAGAUGAGGAGUCCAAGGUGGUUGUGGGUGGGAUGGUGGCCAAAGGGCCUCCAGUGCUGCCGAUACCGGAAGCCAGCGCUUCCGAGGAUGGGGAAUCGGAUCGGGAUGACGAUCUUCUGCUGGAGUCGUGCAUCAACAUGGGCAUGAAUGUGAUGGCCCGAAGUGCGGAGGACAAGAAGAAAAAGAAAGAGGAAGAGGUGGUUGUUCCGCCACCACAGGAACAAGAAGAUCUGCUGCAGAGGUACUGCACCGAGGACACCCCGGCGAGGUUGUCCAAGGUGAACAGUAACUGUGAUUUGAGUGUUUUGUCGAUGGACUCGAGGAAUGGACAUGAAUCGGAUGAAAGUUCCACGGUAUCGGCUGAGCAGAACGACAGGUUGAUAGAGGAAUGCAUCCGGAGUGGAAUGCCCAAGCCGAAGAAUGUGGAUGGCGGGGGUUUCAUGAGGAAGGUGUCCGAUAUGCCGCAGAUGGGAAUCCAGAAGGAGAAUCCCAUGAACAUGAUGCGCAAUCCAGCUCACUUGGGACCUCUGUAUGCGAACGAUGAAGUGAACAACUUCUACGUAGAGGACAGUCCUUGUGCACACUCGACGAUAUCUGCGCUGUCCGAUUUGACUGUGGCGUCCGAAGCGCCGAACGGGGUGAAGAACGUCUACAAGAUCUCGUCACUCAAGGGGAAACAGCCGCAGUCCCAAGGAGGAAUGCCAUACGCACAAGCUCCGGCAGCGAACGGGUCGUUGAGCUCUCUUUCGGUAGAAUCGGAUAACGAUGACCAUCUACUCGACGAGGCAAUCGCCGCCGGAAUCGGAUCCAAUAGAGCCAAGCCAAAGCAACCAACCUUCCAAGCAGUGCAGAAUCCACUUCCUCCGGUGAACCGGAUGACGGCAGCUGCAGCGGAUGCCAACGAUUCCCUAGACUCUAUAGAUUCUGUAGACUCGAACGAUCCUCAAAGCAACUCGCUUUUGGAGAAGUGCAUCGAGAACGGAAUGAAGAAAAUGACGGAAAAGCAUGCCGAACCGGGUUUUGAGCUGCGGGCGGGCAUGAACUACGGACAAUUUGGGUCACGUCCUCCGGCUCCGGCACCGGAAGAAAGCAUCCCAGACUCGGAACGGGACUACGAACUGUUGAUGGAGUGUAUCCAGAACGGGAUGCCCAAGGGAAAGAACAGCCAACUGGCGGUUGAUCUCACUCGGAACCUCCAGCGGUUGACCAUUUCCGGUACGGGUGCGUCAUCCAGCAACAACCAGCCGCUGUCGAAUCCAAAAAACGUGGACACUACGCCUGUGGUUACGAAGGAUGCCGGUGCCACCAACGUAAUGUCAGCAGGCGUAGUAGCAGCAGUAGAAACAACCACGGUCAGCGCAAGCAGCAACACCACCAGCGUCUCCGGCAUCACCACCAACAGCAACAGCAUCAACAGCACCAGCACCACCCAGUCAUCCACCAUUACCCGUACCACAGCGGGCACCAGCAGUUCCAUCACCACCACCACCAACAUCACAAGAAGCGCGGAGUCACCACAGCAGGAAAUGGUGGAACUUCAUCAGUCCUCACACCAGCAGCAUCGUCAGCCCCUGCUAGCUUCUUCCAUCAUCACCACCAGCAGCAGCUACAGCAACAGCCCGAUGGGUCAGAGUGGAUUUGAGAGUAUGAUGAUGAUGGAGCGGUCGAACGAGUUUCCGGCCUCGUCGGCUCUGGUCGGUCUCAUGAGCUCGUCGUCCGCUGGUUGUAACAGUGAGAUGAUGCAGAUGUCCAACGAAUUCAUGAUGGAGUUCUCGCCGGCUCCCAACAAGCACAAGGAUCCGGACCUGAUGCUGAAAUCGGUUGAGCGGCUGACGCAGGAAUUGGUGUCCAAUGCCGAGUAUCUGCGCACCGUUUCGUCCAGCGGAGGGGAUAGAGUUGAGAACAAUACCUGGGAUGAUGACGUGACCACCGCCAACGACGUGUCGUUCCCCAGCUUGAGCGUGCAGGCGCCGAAGAUAUUACACUCUGGCGAUGACGAUGAUACGGCUACGAUCAGCGAGGAGGUUGACUCCAAAGCGUUGGAUGCUUUGGAGGAACAAACCCCCAUGAACGAGAACCGACCGCUGCCGGGUUUCCUGAACGGUAGCAAUGAAGACCUUUCCAAAGACGAGAUUCAUUUUCAGCUGGGUGGCGAAGUGCAGCACCCGAUGGUGGGCGGUCACUUCACCCACGGUUCCGACGGACUGUCCUUCAGUACCGUUUCCACGCUGACGAACUCGACCAUCAUCGCAAUGGAAGCCACCAAAGUGGCCAACAACCUGCAGAACAUGGCGAUCGUGGAAAGCGCCGAGCUGGACCUGAGCAAGAUUCAUCCGCCGUUCGGAUCGGACAGUAUUCUGAUAUCGGACUGCUCGGAUUCGGAGAUGACGUUCCGGAAUGAUUUCCGAAGGAUCAAUCUACCAAGUGGAUUGGUAGCGAAGCGAGCUUUGGGACAAGCAUUCAACGACAGCUUGAACUCGUUGAACAACCUGGACAGCAUAGGGCCGCCGUCCAUUAUGGACGAGCUGAUGGAUUCGAUGAUCAGUGUGGCCAGCAUAACCUCCGAAGUGGUCGAUGUGGACAGCGGCCAUGCUGGAACGUCGGAUCAGAACAUCAGCUCUGGUCAUUCUAGCUUGACGUUGAAUUCCAGUUUGGAGAACUUGAUCAAAUUCUCGCCGACGAUGAAUGCCGGUGGAAAGAGCACCCCGAUCAGCCCGAAAAGGGCCGAACGGAGACAGGCGAUGAAGGACCGGUACAAGACGUACACCAUUCCUAACGCUGAACUAGUGGAUUUGAACCAAGCUGUGGAGGAUGAGCUCAACGGGUCUUCGGAUGUUACGACUCCCACUCCAAGUAAUCCAUCGUCUCCCUCGCCAAAGAAGUCUUCAAAGGAACGACGCCAGGAGAACAAGUCCCGUUACGAAACGCAGGUCAUCACUUCCGGAAGCUUCUUGGCCGAUCGAAUAGCCAGCGGAUAUCAGGAGUGUCCUCGCACUCCGGUAGCCACCAUCAUUGCCAAACCCGUAGCUUUCUCGCCUCUCACGCUGCAUUCUCCGGCUCCAAUGUCCUUGGAACGGGUACUGUCCCCGGAUGUUCCGCCGAUGGAUGACGAAGACGACGAUCCCGUCACCUAUACCAUUCAGGAAGCUCAACGAAGGAAAUCCCUGGAGCAGAAGAUUCCCAACAUCUCAGCGCAAGACCCACAAAUUGUCACGGCUCUUCCUCCGACCCAGCCCAAAACGCCCCUCUCCAGCCCCAGCAAAGUGCCAAUCAAAACCGGCAGUAUUAAACCCGCUCUCAAUCCCGCGACUCCAGCAGCUGCGGAACCGGUUAAAGCGGUUCGCGGCACGAAGAAACCUCCGUACGUGUCCCCGUACCGGAAGUCGGUGGUAUCCGCUCCGGCCGUCAUCACUCGAACUCCGGCCGCGCCUGGAGCGGUCAAGAAGGACCUCAGUGUCGGACCGCAGGCCACUCCGAAGCUGCGAACCCAAAGUUCCCUCGUAGAAAGCUCCAAGACUCGGCCGCAGCCCUUGAAGGCCCGAUCCAGCAUCGGCUUGAAGCGGAACUCGCUGGAAAUGAACGGCAAUGGAUCGGUUCGAAGCAGCACCAGCAGUAGCAGUUCGGAUGUAUCCAGAUUGCACACCAGACAACCGUCGUGCGGAGCGAUUGGUGGAACCAGGACUAAGGUCCAGGAUUCCCCAGCGCCGCCACCGCCGAAUCUCAUCCGCCAGGGAACGUUCACAAAGGACGAACCAACGAAUCCGGAAGUACCGGUCGUAACGUCCGCCCCAUCGACCCCGGCGAAAACCCUUCGCAAGCCUGGUUCGAUGAUUCCCAACUCGGCGUCCUCCUCGCGGCUGACCACCAUCGCCAAGUCGCGGAUAGUGCUUCAUAAGAGCAUCAGCAUGGAUGCGAGCAAGACCACUCCGAGCACUCCGACGGCGGGAACUCCCGUCGGUGAGAGUACCCCCCUGAGCAGCCGGUUCCGACUGACUUCGGCACGAACCUCGCUGAUGGACUACAAGAAGCCCAAUACGGGCUCGAGUCGCUUGAGCACGCCCAUCGAGCAGCAGACUCCGGCGGUGGCGACCACGCCCACCAGUCCGGGAUCGCUGAUUCCGAUGCGGCGCAAGAGUGCGGUCGCGGCACUCCCCAAGAGGACCAACCUGACGAUGAAGUCGAAUCCGGAUGUGCUGAAGGGCAAGCUGGACGGGGUGCGGAAUGCUUUUGUGAGGACGGCCGCUUCCGCGGUGAAAACCGGAACGCGAUGAAUCCGGGAAGCUGGACUGAGAUUAUGGGUUGGGCUUGUGUACGAGAGGGAGGAUUCGUUGUGAUAUAUGGGGAAGGUGAUUCGGAACCGGGUCAGUUUCCUGGGAGGAGCGAGGUGUGUCGGCUGUUGUUGCAGUAUUUAGAAAGAUUUCAUCAAAAAGCAGUCAUCCGUUUGUGCAAUUCGACCAGGUCGCACCAUUUUGUUUUUAUUAACACUCUUAUAAUUUUACACUUUCGGAAAGCAGGUUCCAUCGAUUUUAUUACGUUAUUUUAUUUCACAUUUUCAAACAAAGUUUGAACCCAACUCGAAAACAACGACCGCGAGCAAUGACAACACAAUAAAAAAAAACUGCUCAAUUUUACCUUUUAGUUACCAGUGUACGAUUUUAUUCAGUGUUUUUACGUGCGAUCGUAAGUCAUGGCAUGCUUUGUUUUACCAGGAAACGGCAGGAAAAGCUUAGAUUUCUUCCCAGUCUCCCCCCCCCUAGUUUUGGGCGUUGACGAAAUAGUGAAAAACUACUAAAAUGUAUAAUUAUUACACCACAUUUAUAAUGCAAAGAUGUCGAAGAAGGAUCCCCUUACCCCCUCGAAUUGAUCCCGUGCAUGAUAGGGUAAUUUUUAAACCGUAUCGAUAAUGGAGAAAAAUAAAACAGAAAUUGUUCUAGUCCCAAAUGCGUCGUCUUUGGACAUCGAUGAUAUUUAGUUUAUCAGAAGUUUGAAUGCAUCAGGCGCUCGUCGAAAGACGAUCUAUGCUUAGCAACACACACGCAUACACACUAGCAUAUUAGUGUAGGAUAAGAUAGGUUAAGGUUAUGUUUUAAUCAAGAAUCAAUCCAAUUUGCUCGAGUGGCCAGUAGUAGGAGGGAGAGGCCUUCCGUAUCCCUGCGCGUUGAAAAAAAGUUGUAUUGAAUUAAAUUUUAUUGCUUAGAAUUUGAAGUUGCGCCCCCUUCCUCGCACACAGAACCUUUCCGGAUUAGCAGUUGGUCAAAUAGGAAACAUAACCUCUAGAGUUCCAAGUAGGGAGGAAUUUUCGAACUGUGAACGCAUUUAACGGCGAGCAUAUUUACUCAAACUAGGACCGGCUUGCUCGCUUUAUUACUAUGUUUUAUGCUGCUAUGAUAAUUAUUAUCGCUAUAUUGCAAUCGUCAAUUCGCUACAAUCUUUUAUAACGGUUACUGAAUUUCUUAUUCAAUUUUUAUCUUUGUUUUUAUUAGUUUUGCUUAUUUUUUUUAUACAUGUCUUUUUCGUUUCUUUUCUCAAUGUUCCUUUCUGUUUUACACGUAUUUUUCGUUUUCGAAUUCUUUACCAAAUGUUGCUACUAUUUAGGAAAUCUUGACACCGGAAUCAUAUCAAAACAGGAAAAUUUAUUAAUCAAAACAUUCAGUGGAAUUUAUAGAAAGUUUCAUAGAUUCAGUUCGGCUGGCUAUUUCUCUCUCUCUUUUAUUAUCCUCUUGAAUCAUUUUUCUUGAAGCUAAUAUAAAAUUGUGUAUCGGAAAUUCAAAUGACUGUAUUAUUGCGAAGAUCUACGGUAAUCUUAUAUAUCCAUGAGAAUAUACGACCGCUAUUCAGCUGUAAAAAGUUACAAAGAAGAAGAAAAA